UGACUGCUGCUGUGCUCACUUUCCAUGCUGGUCCUCUGCUGUUCCACCUGCCGCCAUCCAGACUUAAACACUGGAAACUGAAUUAUUUCCAGGACAUUGGAUUAGGUGAGGAUGUUUCCUUCUUUUAAAUCAGUACUGCUGGUCAUUACACUGUCUGGCAUGUGGGCCCAAGACCUUUAUGAAGAGAAGAAAAAUUACAAGAAAUCCAGGGCCAAACCCCUGCCUGCAGGCAUUCAUGAUGGCCAAGCCAUCCUUGAUGAGGACUGUAGCUUGGAACUCUCCUUCUUGUUGGACAGUUCUGAGAGUGCAAAGGACAAUCAUGAGCAGGAAAAGCAGUUUGUUCUAGGUAUGGUGGACAGACUCCAAGGUGCACGGCUGCAAACGGGUCGCAGACUGAGCUCCAGGGUGGCUCUGCUGCAGUACAGCAGUCAUGUUAUCAAGGAGCAAACCUUCAGAGACUGGAAAGGCGCAGAGAACUUUAAAAACCGAAUCGCCCCCAUAGUGUACAUCGGUCAUGGCACUUACACCACCUAUGCCAUCACCAACAUGACCCAAAUCUACCAGGAGGAAUCCAGACCUGCUAGCACCAAAGUAGUAGUGCUGCUCACAGAUGGUGCGUCCCACCCAAGGAACCCAGACAUUUUCUCUGCAGUCACCGAUGCCAAGAACCAGGGCAUCAAAUUCUUCACUCUGGGCAUCACCCGGGCUGCCAACGAGUCCGUCAACAAAGAAGAGCUCCGUCUGCUUGCCAGCUCCCCUGCCUCCCGCUUCCUCCAUCAUCUACAGGAUGACGGCAUAGUGGAAAAAAUCUUCACACAAGUUACUGCUUUAGCUGAUGAAGGAUGUCCCCUGGCCCAAAGAUGUGCUUGUGAGAAGGGAGAAAAAGGACCCAGUGGGCCUGCGGGAAAGAAAGGUCGUCCUGGUGAUGAUGGCGCUCCGGGGCAGAAAGGGCAAAAGGGUGAAGCAGGAUUAAGUGGGGUUCCUGGGCGAGAGGGCAGUGAGGGAAAACCAGGUUACAAAGGAGACAAGGGUGACAGGGGGGAGUGUGGCACUCCAGGAGUCAAAGGAGAGCGGGGUGCAGAGGGUUCAUCUGGAGGAAGAGGACCAAGAGGUCUGCAGGGUUUACCAGGACCACUGGGAGACAUUGGACCAGAGGGCCCUCAGGGAAAGCAGGGAGAGCGGGGCCCUCCUGGCCCUCCAGGAAUUCAGGGGGAAACUGGUAUUGGACGUCCUGGACCAAAAGGUGACAUAGGAUUUCAGGGGCGUCUAGGUCCUCCCGGUCCCCCAGGUAUUGGUGAACCUGGCCCUCCUGGACCUCAAGGACAACAAGGGGUUCAAGGAGAGAAAGGACUUCAAGGAGAAGGGCUUCCUGGACCAAAGGGGGAUCGAGGGAUUGCAGGACCGAGAGGGCCUAGGGGACAGCAGGGUGCAGGCAUCAAAGGAGAAAAGGGUGAGUUAGGGCCACCAGGUCAUCCUGGGCCCACUGGACCAACAGGAUCUGGCAUACAGGGGGAGAAGGGAAAUGAGGGCCCAAGAGGUCCACCGGGAGUGAGAGGAAUACCAGGGGAGGGUUUACCUGGACCCAAGGGAGACCAAGGCUUACCAGGAGAACAGGGAGCUCCAGGAGAGAGAGGCAUUGGUGAAUCAGGUGCAAAGGGAGAACCAGGAGCUGCAGGACUCGGUGGUCUACCUGGUCUUCCAGGAGAAGACGGAGCUCCAGGACAAAAGGGGGAGCCUGGUUUACCUGGUUUAAGAGGCCCUGAAGGAACACAAGGAAUUGGCAUUCAAGGAGAGAAGGGUGACCAGGGUCUCAGGGGCAUCCGAGGGCUACAUGGGCCUCCUGGGAUCUCAGGACCUUCUGGACCUAAAGGUGAACGAGGCAUUCCAGGCCCACAAGGCAUACCAGGGCAACCAGGACGUUCUAUAUCAGGUCCAAAGGGCGAUGUCGGUCCUGCUGGUCCUCCAGGUGCUAUUGGAGAAACAGGUCUUGGACUACCUGGUCCAAAGGGUGAUCGUGGCCUUGCAGGUUUACCUGGUCCUGUUGGUCCAAAAGGUGAAGGCAUCCAGGGCCCAAUGGGUCCUACAGGUAUGCCAGGCUUACCAGGUGAGCCCGGUUCAGAGGGAGUAGGUAUUCCUGGUCCAAAGGGAGACAUAGGCUACAGAGGGUUGACAGGCUUGCCCGGCCCACCAGGGGAGGGCUUGCAAGGCCCACCGGGCAAUAUUGGAAGACCAGGGCCUCCUGGUCCAGUUGGACCUGCUGGAGAAGGUAUCCAAGGUCCAAAGGGUGAGCCAGGAACUCAAGGCAUGACUGGGCCAAGAGGACCUCAAGGAGAAGGGUAUUCUGGACCAAAGGGUGACCGUGGUUCACAGGGUGAAAGGGGAAUUAAGGGUACAAAAGGAGACAUGGGAGAUUCUGGAGUUCCUGGUGAAGUGGGACGACCAGGGACAAAGGGAGAGCCAGGACUUACGAGAGAUGACAUCAUUAAGCUGAUUAAAGAAAUAUGUGGAUGUGGCAUCAAGUGCAAAGAAAGGCCAAUGGAACUUGUCUUCGUCAUUGACAGCUCAGAGAGUGUCGGCCCAGAGAACUUUGAGAUUAUCAAAGACUUUGUGACAAGGUUGGUGGACAGGACCACAGUUGGACGCAACGCCACUAGAAUCGGAAUCGUUCUCUACAGUCUUGAAGUCCGUUUAGAGUUCAACUUGGUUCGCUACAUCAGCAAAGAAGAUGUCAAGCAGGCCAUUAGAAAAAUGCCUUAUUUGGGUGAAGGAACUUAUACAGGCACUGCUAUCAGAAAGGCUACUCAGGAGGCCUUCUUCAGCACUCGGCCCGGAGUAAGAAAAGUAGCUGUUGUCAUUACUGAUGGGCAGACGGACAAACGAGAGCCCGUCAAGCUUGACACAGCUGUCCGAGAGGCUCAUGCAGCAAAUAUUGAGAUGUAUGCUCUGGGGAUUGUCAACUCUUCUGAUCCUACGCAGGUUGAGUUCCUGCGAGAACUCAACCUCAUUGCCUCUGACCCGGACAGUGAACACAUGUACCUUAUCGAUGACUUCAAUACCCUUCCAGCGCUGGAGUCCAAACUCGUCAGCCAGUUCUGUGAGGAUGAAAAUGGCGCCCUCAUUUACAAUCGCAUCACAAAUGGAGCCUGGAAUGGCAACAGUGGCAACAGAAUUAAUGGAGAGAAUACUAAUGGAAAUAUGCACUAUGUCAGUAAUGGUCAUGGGAAGGAAAACAAUGCAUAUGGGAGUAAUUACAAAGAGGAGAUCCCAAAUCAGAGACGCACCAGCAGCCAAGGACGUGGUGACACUUUCACUCUGCCAAUCAGUGCUGAUCCUCUCCCACUUCAGGUGGUAGAAGAUGAUGAAGGGGAAGAUUUAGACUUAAAGGCCUACAUACAGGGUGGCAACACGGUGUCCGCAUUCAACAAAACAACACCGACAUCACGUGAGAGUGACAGUUCAGUCUCCUCUCAGACAGUAUCAUCAUCAGCGUCGUCUUCAUCUGUAGCAUCAACACUGGGCUUUAAGGAAUUCCAGCCCUUGGUGAGUCCAGUCCUGCCCGAAGAGGUCCGUCCUCUUGAUCCGCGCUGUAAUCUCACCUUGAGUCAAGGCACUUGCCGAGAAUACGUUAUCCGCUGGUACUACGACGCACAGGCCAACGCCUGUGCACAAUUUUGGUACGGAGGCUGUGGCGGAAACGCCAACCGCUUUGAAACCGAAGAGGAAUGCAAGAAUACGUGUGUUCUCCUCAAAACAGAUGGAUAAUCAUGUUUUAUUUAAUGAUGGGUUAUCACUUUCGCCCAGCAAAUUCAAUGCACUUUUCCAAUACCAUGGUCCUUGGACACAUAAGCAAGUUGUGCUCAAAUUCAAAGACAUCUGACAGAAUUUCAGAAAUACUGAUUAUGUAUAGAAGUACAUUUGACUGCUUUAUUAUUCAGGUAAACUAUACAGAUUAUGCUUCAUACACCAGGAGAUGAGUCUGACCAUCUCCAAUGUUGCUUUUGUUGUGUGUUUUUUCUAAAUGUGCAUUCAAGUUAUCAGUGGCAGCUGUGAUUUAGGGCCUUUCUGUUUUGAUGCUGCUUUGAGAGGUUUUCUUCAGUUAUACUGUGAUGAAAAUUAAGGUUUUCCUAAAAUCUGAAAAAGGUCUCUAUUUCUGGGCACUGUGUGUAAAUCUGAAUGAAUUUUCUCUUUUUAUACUUUUAUAAUAAUAAAGAAUUAAUAAAGAA